AUGCAAAUGUGCGGUAAAAGUGACGUAAUCCAGGGCAGCUCCUUGCUUCAACUCGACCAUUUCCAUUCCAAGUUUCGAGCACGACACUUCAAGAUGGACGGACUGCUAUCAUCAUCACAAGAAGAACCAAACCGAACAACCACGCAGACAGAACCAUCUCAACCAGACCCCACUAACGAGGCUCAAUCCGAAAGCCGACUCCAUCCCUUGGCUUCACUCACAACACCGUCCGAAGCUUCCUCCCUAGCUGAUGUUGACAUAUCGAUUGAACAAAUAUCAUCAAUGACUGAAGCAGCUUCAUUGGCCGAAAGAAAUACAUCUCCACCUGAUUCUGAACGUACGACCGACGAUAAGCUGGCAAGCCAAGCGGAAGCAUCACUCAUCACAGCUGAACCAUCGAUGGAGGAUGAGCUAGGAGAACAGUCGAUGGAAGAUGAGCUAGGAGAACCGUCGAUGGAAGAUGAGCUGGGAGAACCGUCGAUGGAAGAUGAACUGGAAAGCGAAUCUGGACAAGAGCAACCGCCGAAUGAUACAACCCUGCAAAACAGGUUUGAGCUGAAAAAUCAAGCUGAAUCAUUGCACGGAUCCGAACUAAUGGCCGGUCCAGCAGCCCUGUUGACGGUUGAAAAUGAGCUGCUAGCCGAAACUGCCCCCUCAAACUUAGAAGCCCCCUCAAUCGAACCGUUUUCUGAAGCAGAUCUGCUGGCCGAGCCGGAAGUUUCAAUCGAAGAUCAAUUACUGAUUGAAACCGAACCACUAUACGAAAUAGAAGCCAUGGAUGAACUCGAAGCGCCAGUUGAUCGCCUGAGUAUCACUCCAGUCGAUCCCCCACUUGCUUAUAGCCAUGAAUUGAAUGAGGACAAGCCAUCAAGUGGCUUCGACUCGACUGGGACCGACAACUUGGGAAACAAAUCCAUCAAGACCCCAAUCGAACAUCAACCAAUCUUACCCCAUAAUCAUCAGUUAACCUCAAAAAAGCCACUCAGUCAGAAUUCUAUUCGACCUCCCACUAAUUCCAGUAAAAUUUCAAGGAUUGCAUCGACUGGUCAGCCCUCCAAGGGCAAGAGCGUUUCUUCCACUUUAUCCUCCUCGAAUAUCCCAUCACUCAGACCAAAUCCACUAUCGAUCCGCUCGAACCUCCCUCAUGGCAACUCAUCUAACGUUAUCCCCCCUCGUACCAAAAUACCAAAUUCCAUCCAUCAACCAAGUGCAUCGAUUACGAGUAAAUCAUCAUUGGCGAAAUCUCUAUCCUCCGUUUCUUCCUCGACCUCCUCAGUUCGUCCUUCUGAUAAGACUGCCAAAUCAUCAAAAAUCAUCACUAACGCCCCAGUCAUACCAGUCCAACUAUCAAGGACUACUAAAUCAUCACAUUCAUCAACUCUCACACCUACAAAAUCGAUUCCAAAAUUAAGGGCCACUACAUCCAAGUCGUCCUUGAUCACUCCCUCAAAGCUAACCUCAUCAACGACCCCAUCCAAGCCGCGUUCCAUCAACUCAUCUACACCCUCACUCUCCCGUGCUUCCAGCUCACUGAACAAAUCACAGCCCGCAGCGAAUAGGGGAACUGCAACAGGCUCAAACCUUGAUGUAACGCAUGAACCAAGCCCGAAAACCUCUGCCAAGUCAUCGCAAGCAUUUCGUGAAAUGUUGGCCAAAGCUAAGCGAAGCCGUCCGAAACCUCCAACCGCUCCAAACUCGCCUGAUCGCAAUUCAGUUCCUGCCCUUCCUUCAGUCGCCGGUCAGACUGAGGCCCUAGAUCCAUGGGGAUUCCAGCCAAUUGAAAAAGCCGUUGAAAAAGCUCAAAAAACUGGCAAAUUAAAUGUCGCCUCAAGGAUGCUCUCGAAAGUCCCGGCUGAAGUUUACGACAAAUUAUUAUCUCACACUUCGAUUUUUCAUCCAUCCAACCGACCUUCGAACACAUCUGAUCCCAAGCAGUCGGAGAAAGUCGAUCUUAAGUUUUCCUUCGACGAUGAGGAGAGAGUCACGAGUGGUGUGGCGUGGUACGAGACUGUCGACUUGAUCCACCUCAACAUGUCCCUCAACGAGCUCAUAGAACUUGACGACGAAUUCGGAGGUUUCGAGGCUUUGACAAACUGUGAUCUCCAUUGCAACCAGCUGACUGGCCUACCAUCCACAUUUGGACUAUUGACUAAUCUAACACUCUUAGACUUGUCGUCCAACCAACUUGGCCAGUUCCCAGUUCCGAUCCUUUCUCUCGUCAACCUGAAAGAGCUCAAUCUCUCCAAGAACCAGCUCACUCGACUCUGGCCGCUAGACUGGCAACCCACCCUAAAGAAACAAUUGGCCAAUGCAGUCAAGCCUCCACCGAUCAGAAAUGAAUUCUUGGGGGGCGACCAAAGCUUUAACAGCAUGGACGAGAGCUUCAAUAGUACGGACCAGCCUAGUAUAAUUACUGAAUCAAGUUUUGAGCGUGAGAAGUUUUGCGACCAAUUCCCUUCCUCACCAUCAAAGUCAUACCCAAACAAAUCUGAUCGUUCCCUCAUGCACGAAGAAGGAGCUGCGACUGCCAGAGCAGAUGUCCAGCCAUUUCCUAAUCUUCAGAAGCUCAGAUUGAGCGGCAAUAAAUUCAACACCAGUAGCUUAUUUGGACCGGAUAGCGUUCAGCUACCGAGGAACGUUAUGGAGCUGGACUUGUCCAGGAACCUACUAGGAGAUUGUAUCGAUGUCUCGAGUCACCUCAGAAACCUCCAGAAACUUACCAAACUGAACCUUUGUGGAUGCGGGCUCUCGGAUAGGAUCUUUUGGUUUGAUUUAGAAGGAGAUUACGACCAGCUAGAUAACGAAAAUAAUGGCCUGUUCGAACACUUGGCUGAGCUUGAUUUGUCUCACAACGCGAUUGAUUCUUUAGAACCCCUGGAGUCUUUCUUUGAUCGACAUUGCCCCCGUCUGCCAAGGCUUGACUAUGAGGGAUUGCCUCGAGAAUUGGUCAAGGUCGUCAUCCACCAUGGACAGGGGCCGGGAGAGGUGAAAGUGAUGAUCGGUAAUAACUUCCUACGCGAUGAGGCUAGACGGCGUCGGAAAGUCAAGAUGAUGACCGCUCAAUCCAGUCCGAAACUUGUCGAGCCCGCUGACAGCGCUCCUGGUGCGGCGGUAGGGAUAGAGAAGCCUUUACCGGAAGAUGAAGAGUCGAAAUCGUCGCCGGAAGAAAUUAAAGACGCAAGAACGGGAAAAUCAUCGUCAUCAUCCUCAAAACGAAUUGACAUUGCGCCGAAACCGAUUGAAACGAUGUUGCUCAAACACCACAGCCCAAAGACGUCUUCACUCAACAUGAGUUCGCUUCAACUGACCGAGCUGUCAGAAGAUUCUAUGGACUACAACGGGUCGGCUCUGAAGAUCGAUGUCGAAUUAGUGAACCUAUCCCACAAUCAACUGAGCAGUUUCCCGAGGGGGAUCAUGGCCCAAUUUGGGGCGACGUUGACAGUGUUGAAUUUAUCGAGGAACCGGCUGUCGAACUCAUCUUCGGACACUUUCGAUAGCCAUGUCUGCUCGCUGAUGGGGAUCAAGCUCCCAGAGCUGGUCGAGUUAAACCUGGCUUCGAACUUCCUCUCUGGGUCCCCUCGCCCGAUCAUCAGGUUAAUCAUCGAAGGCUUCGAAGCUUUCAAGCUGAAAACCCUGGACCUCAGUCUCAACCAAUUCGAGAGCCUCGAUGGCCUCUACGAGCUCUUCAAGCUCCACCAGAUCCCCGGGCAUCCUUCGGGCGAUGCUAGCACGCCACACUUCCGACUGGAGAAACUCUUGCUCGACGGCAAUCGGAUCUCACAGAUUGACGACCUCAUCCAGAUCUCUACCGAGAUUCUCGACAGCAUUUCUGGGCCUUCUAAGGAAAAACCCGGGGCUAUAGCAGCUGAGGAUAUUAAAGAUCAUGUUCAAUUCAACUUCCUAGAGGAGAUCGGGCUGUCUGACAAUUCGAUUGGCCAAUUACCGCCUUGUUUGGGGUUCUUGCCAACGAAACGCUUGGCCGUCGCCCGUAACUUGUUCCGGUUCCCUCUCAGAAAAGUUUACGAUUGUGUUGGUGGUGAUGUGAAUAUUUUGAGCUGGUUACGCGAUAGGAGUUAG